UCAGCCGUUGACGGUGACACAUCAAUGACAGACUAAAGCCGAAAUCGAAAAAGUUUCUUGAUUCUUGUUUGGUUCUUCUCGUUAUAUUUAUGUGUGAAAUUUUGUGAAGAUAAUUUUGUGCAUACUUUAUUCAAAAUGUUUGAUCCAAUGGCUAAUGCACCUCCGCUUUGGAGUAACGGGCCUACCCCAGGUUCAUUUUACAAUUUUCCAGGACCUCAAACAAAGCCAAACGACCAUUUCACACAUUCACAGUCUCCAGUGACGACCGCAACUUCAAUAGUGGCCUUAGCAUACGAUAAGGGCAUCAUGAUUGCAGGGGAUCUCUUAGCUUCUUAUGGAUCCUUGGCACGUUAUAGAAAUUGCCCCAGAAUCAUGGAAGUUAAUGACAACAUUCUCCUAGGUGCUGGUGGUGAUUAUGCAGAUUUUCAGUAUGUCAAGUCGUUCAUUGAACAGAAAAUAAUUGAUGAAGAAUGUUUGGAUGAUGGCAUCAAACUUAAACCAAAGUCUCUAUAUUGUUGGUUAACAAGAGUUAUGUAUCAAAGAAGGAAUAAGUUUGAUCCCUUGUGGAAUAACCUUGUAAUAGGUGGUAUUCAGGAUGGUACACCUUUCCUUGGUACAGUUGACAAGCUAGGGACAGCCUACACUGAUAGGGCAAUUUGCACAGGAUAUGGUGCUCAUAUUGCCCUACCAAUGAUCCGUGAUGCUAUAGAGAAGAAGGCACAACCCCUGACUCAGGCUGAAGCUCGUGCUCUCAUUGAAAAGAGUUUGGAGGUACUUUUUUACCGAGAUGCUAGAAGUUACCCUAAAUAUCAGCUGGGAAUCAUAGAUCAGGAUGAGGGUGUUAAAAUUGAAGGUCCACUUUCUGUUAGCCAAAACUGGAAUAUUGCUACAAUUAUUAAAUCAGUGUGAACUCUUCUUUUUUAAUGUGAAUGUGGGAUUGUUUCAAUCAAAAUAUAUUAUAUUUAACAACUAG